UCAACCCAAGCGACCACCGACAGAAGUUCUUGGCUGAGCGUCAAACUUUGCUGCAGUCACCGUCACCGACAUGUUCUCAUUGACUUUUUGACUCUAUUUAGUCAGCGAUGACUAUGACAUUCUUGUUAGAUCUUGCGCCGCCAGUUGGGUCGACAGCCACUUCUUCCCUACCCUAAAAUAUCAGCUCAGCUUCCUGCAGCAGUGCGUGUUCAUCUCUUUGUUCAAGUGUGGACUUUGGGGCGUGUGAACUGGAGGACCAAGGAGCUAGUGGGAUCUUCUCCAUUUACACAUUUUUCUGGCCUUUCCCUACUUUGGAUUUUUCUAUAUAGUGAUGCCUUCUUGUACAUUAGCAGAAUGAGUUUCGGGCAUAGGCUCAGUUCUUCAAGUGUUUGCAGAAUGGAAGAUGAUAAAAUAGGGGCAUUGACUUUGUCUCUCAUUUGCACAUAUUGUCUACUACUAGUCAAUGGAUAUGAUGUGCCCAUGACACUAUUGGAAAGUGCAGUUGACCAAGGAGCAGUGUGUCUGGAUGGAAGUCCCCCAGCUUAUCAUUUCUCUCCAGGUUUCGACUCUGGGGCUAAUAACUGGCUAGUUCACAUGGAGGGGGGAGGCUGGUGCACAAGUAUCCAAGAUUGUCUUGCUCGGAAAGAUACUUUCAGAGGCUCAUCCAAGUACAUGAAGCCUCUUUCAUUCUCUGGGAUCUUAGGCAAUAGGCAGAAAUCAAAUCCCGAUUUCUACAACUGGAAUAAGGUCAAGAUUCGAUACUGUGAUGGUUCAUCAUUUACAGGAGAUGUGGAUGAAGUUGAUCCUGCAACAAAUUUGUACUUUAGAGGAGCAAAGGUUUGGCUCGCUGUUAUAGAAGAAUUGUUGGAGAAGGGGAUGAAUAAGGCAGAAAAAGCUCUGCUUUCAGGUUGUUCAGCAGGUGGUCUGGCUUCCAUACUACAUUGUGACAGAUUUCAUGAUCUUGUACCUGAGAACGCAACCGUUAAGUGCCUCUCGGAUGCUGGUUUUUUCAUAAACACGAAAGACAUUUCUGGAGCAGAGUCUAUUGCAUCCUACUACAGCAAUGUUGUUGGCACUCAUGGAUCUGCAAAGAACUUGCCAUCUUCGUGCACUGCAAGAAUGACUCCGAGCAUGUGUUUCUUCCCUCAAUAUGUGGUGCCUGAGAUGCGCACACCUCUUUUCAUUUUGAAUGCAGCGUAUGAUGCAUGGCAGAUCAAGAACAUUUUGGCUCCAAGUUCUGCUGACCCACAUAAGACUUGGAGCAAUUGCAAACUUGAUAUAAAGCAGUGUUCUUCCGACCAGCUCGAGACAAUGCAUGGUUUCCGGUCACAAUUCCUGAGUGCUUUGCCGGUACUUGAGAACUCAUCCAUUGGCAUGUUCAUAAACUCAUGCUAUGCUCACUGUCAGUCAGGAAGCCAAGAUACAUGGCUAGCUGCUGAUUCUCCUUCACUAAAUAACACUCCAAUUGCCACUGCAGUGGGAGACUGGUUUUACGGCAGGACCAUGUUUCAGAAGAUCGACUGCGCAUAUCCAUGUGACUCGUCAUGUAUCAACCGGGCGGAAGAUUAGGAACUGAACACUUGCAGUUAUAUUUAUUCUCUAAUUAAGCUGAGUGUGACAAACUAAAUCAAAGCUUCUUGCAUGUUGCCCCUGUUGUGUUUCUCCCUUUCUUUCUUUCUUUCUUUCUUUUUCUCAAGAAAAAUGUUGUAUUUGUUCUACAUGGGAUGCUUUUGGAUAGGAUCUCAAAUUUCUAUUGAAUCUCAUUGUCCAUCAAA